AUGAAAUUGGCAAUAUUGCCUGAUCCUAUACAUCGAUAAUAUUUUGCAAAUCAUGUUAAUUCACUCAAAUAGAUUAAAAGUAGAAAAAACAAGAUUGAAGAGGAUUCUUUGGGUGUAAUCCGUUAAUGUAACUUAUUAAUUAUAUGUAGUAUCGACAAUUAAAAAAAUAAAAGAUUAAGUGUCAGCAUUUGAAGCCAUUGAGGAGAACAAGAGCAUUGCUUAUAAUAAUUAAAAAAUAUAAUAAGCAAUAAUGAAAAUAAGCAGUGCAAAACAUAAUUUACCAAAAUUACAUAUAAAACGUAAAGAAAAGACUGAGAUCUCAGAUGAAAUUGCAAAAGAAAAUAAAAGACUUAAGAAAAGUAUAGAAAAUGUAUAGAACAGUUUGACAUACAGAACAAAGCAUCAGAAUAUUAGAAAGUCUUAUCAAUAAGUACUGAACGAAUAUUGUUAAUCGAGAUUGCAGUAAUAAAAUGAAUAAUUAUAAUAAUGA